AUGAUGAACCGAGUAUCAGAGUCUCCUGCCGAUUGCUUGUUCGACCAGCCAAUUUCCGACCAAUAUAAACAAGCCGUAUUGAAUCAUUUCAACUCUGUGGAUGAUAUCAACGUCGCACCAAAGCCAUACCACACUGCUUUGGAAGCUGCCUCCCACAUAGGUGAUCCAAAAUUGGUCAAGCGCCUGCUUGAAAAGAACCACAAUGUCGAGACAACAAGGGAGAUAUUUCGUCACGGAAAUGCACUUUUGUUGGCAUCCAGGGGAAAUUGUCGCGAGACAGUGAGAUUACUUCUAGAACAUGGUGCAGAUCCGGAGGCCAAGAGAAUGCGCAGCGGAGUUUAUGAGACCCCCCUCGACAUUGCAUGGAACAAUGGGUUCAUUGAGGUAGCGGAAGAGUUAUUUGAGCGUCUUGUAAAACCCGAAUAUCGGGGUCCAGAGGUUCACAAGGCGCUCUGCAUGGCUGCUGAGAGCCGUAACGGAGCCCGAGUCAAUGCGCUACUUGGAAACGGAGCAUACGUGAAUUACCAAGACGAUUCCUACGGGCCUGCCUUGGUAUAUGCUGUUCGUGGCGGGAAUAUCGAAAUUGCCAAUACUUUACUAAAACACGGUGCUAUGGUGAAUGUGGAGUCUUCUAUAUACGGAUGCCCUCUUGAAGCCGCUGUUCAAAAUAAAAGUCAUGAAAUGGUAAACUUCCUGCUAGAAAACAACGCCGACGUGAAUUUCUCUGGAACUGGAAAUCCUCUACUGUCUGCCGCGAUUGAAGGGGAUCUUAAUAUGGCAAGGUUGCUUAUAAAUAAAGGCGCCGAUGUCGACAUUGAAGUGAGCGAAUACGGCACUCCCAUUUUCGCUGCAGCAAUAUAUGGACAUAAAAAUGUGGCCUCAUACUUGCUCGAAAAAGGUGCAAAAAUUGAUUUCGCUAUCAGAGCUGACGGACGCAUAAGUUACAACAUCAAAGAUAUCCAAAAGGUCAAAGAGCGACUGGAGAAAUGGAAUCCGAAUACCACGCAAAUCAAAAGUCUGAGUAUCGAACUCUAA